GUCAUUCCUCUGCCUCUUCUCCUUCCCCUGACACAACUCAGCCGCGCCACAGCACCGCACCUCCUUCCCUACUCGUUCUCUCCCCUCGGUAUCGUGCGCCGCCUCAUGGAUCCGAAGCCGCUAGCGCCUGGAGCGCAAACUCCACCCCCGCCUCCAACCCUGUCACUGUCAGGCACGGGCUGUUCUUGAUCUGAGGAUGGGAAGGGACGAUGAGCCGGUUGACCCUAUGGAGAUUGACGGCCAGCAGAAGCUACAGCUAGAAGCCCCCGCUGCCGUGCCGGAGGGGUUCAACGCUGACUACCUCCGAGUCUAUUACGAUGGAAAGCACCCUGGAUGUGAUCAGUCAUAUGUUGGACGUCGAGAGUUUUCAUUUACACUUGAGAGUGACAUCUACCUGCGCUUCCAAUCCUUUGAUAGUGCUGCUGAAUUGGAGAGUUCUAUCAAGGAGAAAUGCCCUUUCAAGAUUGAUAUUGGACCUGUCUACAGCAUAGAUCCUGCAAACAGUCAUGCUUACACCCAAUCUGGAAAUAAUGUCUUUGUACCAGUUGAAAGGGAACUAAUUUUUGACAUUGAUAUAUCUGAUUAUGAUGAUAUUUGCUACUGCUUCUCUGGAGCUGAUGUCUGCUUGGACUGCUGGCCCUUAAUGACCAUUGCUAUCAAAAUUUUGGAUACUUCGCUAAGAGAUGAUUUUGGUUUCAAUCACAUACUGUGGGUGUACAGUGGUCACGGUGUCCCUUGCUGGGUCUGUGAUAGCAGAGCAAGAAAGCUCAGCAAUGAACAAAGGGCUGCAAUUGCUGACUACUUUCGAGUCUACAAGGGUAGUGAAAAUUCACUGAAGAAUUUCUUCAAAAAAAAUCACUGAAGAAAGUAUCCUUGGCUGGACCUGUCCUCCAUCGUUUCCUUGUACGGUCGCACACAGAUGUUCUUGAAAGCUUCUUUGAAGAUAAGUUGCUACUUAGCCAACAACUCUUUGCACCAGAGGAGAGAUAUCAGAAGAUACUUGAUCUUAUCCCUGAUGAAAGUAAGAAAAGACACCAUAAGAAAUGAACCUUACUCUCUGAUGUAGAUGAAAUCUACCAUCCUUCGACUAGCAUGAGCAUGGCAUAAGAUAUAUUAAAAGGGUAAAAUAAAACUGUACAAGGACAAAAGUCCAAAGGGCACCUCAAUGCCCAAAAAGGAAAAAAAGACUUCAGAAAGACCUCAAAGGAGGCAGAAAGACCUCAAAGGAGGCUAAGAGCUAUGGCUAAAACUAAAGCUGUACAUUGGUGACCCAUGAGAGGAAGUCCUGUUUUUUGCUUUCCUUGAUUCUGUGAGCUUGAAGUCUUGUCUCAUCUACAAAUCUAGAUAACCAGUCUCUAACUGUUGGCCUUUUCCCUUCAAAGAUGAGGCUGUUUCUUUGCUUCCAGAUGUGUCAAGUGGCUAUUAUGAAGACCUCCAUGAAGAACCAGUGAUGAAAUUCCUAUUGGGCUCUCUUCAUCAUGAAAGAAGUUGAGGUUUCUUCUCCAUUCAAUACCAAUGGCUUGCUAGCAAGAUCUGCUGAAGGUGCAAGAGAAGAAAAGAUGGAAGGCAGUCUCCUCCAUGUUGAUAUUGCAAAGUUCACAGUUAUAAUUGUUGCCUUCUUUGCUGCAGUUUCUCCUCCAGAGUAAAUUUCUGGUGUUCAGUCUAUCCAUAAGUAAAAGCCAUGAGAAAGUUUUGAGCUUGUUACUGCAUCUUGACUUCCAGAUCCAUAAGAAGGGUGAUGGGGGCCUGAUGUUUUUAUA